AUGUUCUCCCGACUACGAGUAGCUGCCACUCCCUGUGCGAUGGCAUAUCGCAGUGCACAUACGAAAGAAAAAGGCAAGCCACUGAUGUUAAACCCACGAACAAACAAGGGUAUGGCCUUUACAUUACAUGAACGACAGAUGCUUGGGCUGCAAGGACUUCUGCCUCCUAAAAUAGAGACUCAAGACAUUCAAGCCCUGCGCUUCCAUAAGAAUUUGGCAAAAAUGACUGACCCCUUGGAAAAGUAUAUCUACAUAAUGGGAAUCCAAGAGAGAAAUGAAAAAUUGUUCUAUAGGGUAUUACAAGAUGAUAUUGAGCGGCUAAUGCCAAUUGUAUACACACCAACAGUAGGUCUUGCCUGCUCCCAGUAUGGACACAUCUUCCGGAGACCAAAAGGAUUAUUUAUUUCUAUCUCAGACAGAGGCCAUAUAAGGUCAAUUGUGAACAACUGGCCAGAGAAUGACGUUAAGGCUGUGGUGGUUACUGAUGGAGAAAGAAUAUUGGGCCUUGGAGACCUAGGUGUGUACGGCAUGGGAAUUCCAGUAGGAAAACUGUGUUUGUACACAGCCUGUGCAGGAAUACAUCCAGAUAAAUGCUUGCCUGUGUGCAUUGACGUUGGAACUGAUAACACAACACUCCUAAAAGAUCCAUUUUAUAUGGGCCUGUACCAAAAAAGGGAUCGCUCACAAGUCUAUGAUGACCUAAUUGAUGAAUUUAUGGAAGCCAUUACAGACAGGUAUGGCCAAAACACACUUAUCCAAUUUGAAGACUUUGGAAACCACAAUGCUUUUCGUUUUUUAAGAAAAUACAGAGAAAAAUACUGUACCUUCAAUGAUGAUAUUCAAGGGACGGCUUCAGUGGCCUUGGCAGGACUGCUGGCAGCACAGAAGGCCACGGGUAAACCACUUGCAGAGCAGAAAGUCCUCUUCCUUGGAGCAGGAGAGGCCGCCCUGGGGAUUGCGAACCUCAUUGUUAUGGCUAUGAUGGAAAGCGGUGUUUCUGCUGAGGAAGCCUACAGGAGAAUAUGGAUGUUUGACAAAUACGGCUUACUGGUUCAGGGCCGAGAACAAAAGGUAGAUUCCAACCAAGAACCGUUUACGCAUCAGGCUCCAGAGCAGAUACCAAAGACAUUUGUGGAGGCAGUGAACGUACUUCGGCCUUCAGCUAUCAUUGGAGUUGCAGGAGCUGGGCGGCUCUUCUCUCAGGAUGUGAUCAAAGCAAUGGCCUCUAUCAACGAGAGGCCCAUAAUAUUUGCACUAAGUAACCCUACGGUGAAAGCUGAAUGCACAGCAGAGGAAGCAUACACGCUAACAGAGGGCCGGUGCUUGUUUGCCAGUGGCAGUCCCUUCGAGCUGGUGACUUUGACAGACGGAAGAACCUUCAAACCAGGCCAAGGAAACAAUGCCUAUAUUUUUCCAGGCGUGGCUCUCGCUGUGAUCCUCAGCAGUGUUCGACAUAUUAGUGAUAAGGUUUUCCUAGAGGCUGCUAAGGCACUGGCAGAACAGUUGACUGAUGAAGAACUUGCACAAGGAAGACUUUAUCCUCCACUGUCUAAUAUCAGGGAAGUUUCUAUUUAUAUCGCUGUCAAGGUUAUGGAAUUUUUGUACGCAAACAACAUGGCUUUCCAUUACCCUGAACCUGCAGACAAGAACCGUUACAUUCGAUCAAAGGUUUGGACCUACGAAUACGAAUCCUUCAUGCCAGAUGUGUAUGACUGGCCUGAAUCUAAGGUUCACUGA